AUGGCUGAAACACCUUACGACGGAUCGCAGCAUGGACAGAGUGUACAGAUCAUCCCAUUCAAGACCUCCGAUGCAUCUCUCAGAGUUCUAUUACUACACGGGAAUCUAGAUAUAUGGGUGAAAGAGGCGAAAAACUUACCAAACAUGGAUAUGUUUCACAACAGAUUAGGUCAAAUGUUUGGGAGGUUGCCAUCACUCACCGGAGGAAAGACCAAGACCGAGGAUGGUAGACCUGAAAAGGUCACCAGUGACCCAUACGUCACCGUUUCAAUAGCUAAUGCUGUAAUCGCAAGAACCUUCGUCAUAAGCAACAGCGAGAACCCUGUUUGGAUGCAGCACUUUUAUGUCCCUGUCGCACAUUAUUCUGCUGAAGUACAAUUUGUAGUCAAGGACAGUGAUGUCGUAGGUUCCCAACUCAUAGGGGCAGUUGGUGUCCCAGUUGAACAGUUAAUUUCUGGUGCAGUUGUCGAAGGCACCUUCCCAGUUCUUAACGAAAGUGGGAAACCAUGUAAACCUGGAGCUGUAUUGACUCUUUAUCUUCAAUACAUACCAAUGUCAAGAGUACCCUUAGACCUAGAGUUUAAUGGUGUUUCAGGCACAUAUUUUCCUCUAAGAAGAGGAGGCAAAGUUACCCUUUAUCAAGAUGCUCAUGUGGAUGAUGGUUACCUUCCAAAUAUGCAACUGGAUGGAGGUUUGAUGUAUGGAAAUGGAGAUUGUUGGCAUGAUAUCUGUGAAGCUAUCAAGAAUGCACGUGGAAAAGAUAGCAUAUUGGGUGAUCUUUUGAAAGCUAAGUCUUCAGAAGGUGUUAGAGUGCUUCUUCUUAUAUGGGAUGAUCCUACUUCUAGAAGCAUUUUGGGAAUAAAGACUCAAGGUGUGAUGGGAACUAAUGAUGAAGAAACUCGGAGGUUUUUUAAGCAUUCUUCAGUGAAAGUACUACUUUGCCCCCGUUCUGCUGGGAAGGGGCAUAGUUGGGCCAAGAAACAGGAGGUUGAAACCAUAUAUACACAUCAUCAGAAAACAGUGAUAGUGGAUGCUGAUGCUGGAAACUACAGAAGACGAAUAAUGGCAUUUGUUGGAGGUCUUGAUUUAUGUAAUGGGCGUUAUGAUACACCUGGACAUCCACUUUUCAGCACUUUACAAACUUUGCAUAAAGAUGACUAUCACCAACCUAAUUACACUGGAGCUACUACUGGUUGUCCAAGAGAGCCAUGGCAUGAUUUGCAUAGCAGAAUUGAAGGUCCAGCAGCAUAUGAUGUGCUCAAGAACUUUGAGGAAAGAUGGUUGAGAGCUUCAACGCCACAUGGGAUUAGCAGAAUCAAGAAAUCUUCUGAUGAUUCGUUACUUCAAAUUGAUAGGAUUCCUGAUAUAGUAAGAAUUGAUGAAGCCCAUUGCACAAAUGAAUGGGAUCCAGAGGGCUGGCAUGUCCAGGUGUUUCGUUCAAUUGACUCCAACUCUGUUAAAGGUUUUCCUGAUGACCCCAAAGAUGCCACAAGCAUGAACCUGGUAUGUGGGAAGAAUGUGUUGAUAGACAUGAGCAUACAUACAGCAUAUGUGAAGGCGAUUCGUGCAGCUCAACAUUUCAUAUAUAUUGAAAACCAAUACUUUCUUGGGUCUUCAUUUAAUUGGAGUAAUUACAAAACUUUGGGUGCAAACAAUUUAAUACCAAUGGAAAUCGCUCUAAAAAUUGCAAAUAAAAUUAGAGCAAACGAGAGAUUUGCUGUUUAUAUCGUCAUUCCAAUGUGGCCAGAAGGUAGCCCUACAAGUACAGCUGUUCAAAGAAUUCUUUUUUGGCAGAAUAAAACAAUGCAAAUGAUGUAUGAAGUAAUCUACAAGGCUUUACAAGAAGUCGGACUCGAUAAUCUCUACGAGCCUCAAGAUUACUUGAACUUUUUCUGUCUUGGCACUCGUGAGUCCUCCAAUGGCGUCGAACCAAUUUCGGAAGAAAAAGGGUCAAAUUCCGCAAAUACCCCUCAAUCGCUUAGUAGGAAGAGUCGGCGAUUUAUGAUAUAUGUACAUUCGAAAGGAAUGAUAGUGGACGAUGAGUAUGUGAUAUUGGGAUCUGCAAACAUUAAUCAACGGUCGUUAGAAGGUUCUAGAGACACUGAAAUCGCAAUGGGUGCGUAUCAGCCUUAUCAUACAUGGGCACAUAGACGAUCCAGCCCACAUGGCCAGGUAUUUGGAUACAGGAUGUCGCUUUGGGCAGAGCAUAUCGGUGGAUUGGAGAGUGGUUUUGAGAGAGCAGAGAGCAUCGAGUGUGUUCGGAGGGUGAGAAUGUUGAGUGAAUUGAACUGGAAACAAUAUGCUGCGGAUGAAGUGAGUGAUAUGAAGGCUCACCUUCUCAAAUAUCCGGUUGAAGUUGAUCGGACCGGUCAGGUCAACCCGCUUCCCGGUUGCUCAACUUUCCCUGAUUUGGGUGGUAAUAUUGUCGGCACUUUUUUCGCCAUUCAAGAAAACCUCACCAUUUGAAUCUCGUGGAAAAAAUAAAAAAACCUCACUUUUUGUUGUAUAUCUGUACUCUCACAUGAUAAAACAAAAUGAUCUUGGCUAUUAGAUUUAGCUAGUUUUGGUGAUUCUUGAAAUGCUAUAUGGAAGGAUUAGGAUUUUGGAUAUGUGUGAUGUUUGGAAUUCUUAAAGACUUGGAUUAUAUGAUUAUGAGUAGUAAUCUUUUUAACUUUUUUCAUAUUUUUAUUUUGUGGGUUGAUGUUAUGUGUAGUUUGGCCUUCGG